UGUUUUACUCGUCCAAUCAGCUGUUAGCUAAUCAGGCGGUUUCUACUGUCACUGUUUUGCUUUUCAUAAAAGUGGCUUUGGAAACAGACAUGGAACAGGGAUACGAGAAGCGUCUACUCGGAUCGCCUUACAAAUCGCCAAUAAAAUCUAGCAGUCCUAUGAAGACACCAACAAAGGACAACUAUUUGGAUCGGUAUAUCCCCUCUCGCUCCAACGCUAAAUGGAAGAAUCCGUCAUUUGAGGUAUCUAAAUGUCUGUUUCAAUCUACUUCUCAACCAUCCCCUGUUGUGCAUGGGCAAGAUGAAGCAUCACCCAGUUCACUCUCAAACGCGGGAGCUAAUAGAACAACCAACACUCAAGCAACCCCAUUGCGUGGCAACCAGUCGAAUCCCAAUCUAAUUUCAACACUUUCCCGUAGUAGUUCAGAUUCAACAAUUGUCGAUUACCCGCCACAUUUGGCCAUUGUCUCAACUCUUGUGCACAACGAACUCGUUGAAAAUAUUGAUUCAUACAAUCAAAAUUUUGCUACCGGCACAAUGAAUGACACAACCAUUUUUGCUCCUCGAGAGAAUUCGAACAUUUUUUCUUUUAAACUUAGGAAGGAGAGCCCUUGUAAAUUAAAAUCAUCCCCAUAUUCACUAUCUCCAGUGUCGGAAAAAAGUCAGCGUCUCCUUCAGGCUCCUCAGAAAUUUACGCGCUACAUACCUCGGAUGCCCUACAAGGUACUAGAUGCCCCGGACCUACAAGACGAUUUUUAUCUCAAUCUUGUUGAUUGGUCAUCCCAAAACGUGCUUGCAGUUGGUUUAGGGGCAAGUGUGUACUUGUGGAACGCCUACACUAGUCAGGUGACACGGCUCUGCGACUUCUCCGAUGACACCGACGCUAUCUCCUCCGUCUCGUGGACUAAGAAGGGUACCAACUUGGCAGUGGCAACAUAUCGUGGUCGCGUGCUCAUCUGGGACGUCGAAGCUACUAGGUGCAUCCGUCGAUUAGAGGGCCACGUAGCGCGUGUAGGUGCGCUUGCAUGGAACGGGGAUCUUCUGGCCUCGGGAUCUCGAGACCGUCAAAUUCUUCUUCGCGAUGUCCGAGCCGCUCCAACCUCAGGCGGUGGUCUCUCGCACCCCUCUACCACUGGAUGGUCGGGCAUAGAGGUCCACAGUGAUGUACCCUCAGCCUCUACACCGUCUGCCACUUCUACUUCCACUUCUGCUGCCUCCUCUUCCUCCCUUUCCCUUAUGCACAUCGACCGUGAGCUUCUUUCUAAUUCUACUCGUGCUUCCUUCGGUCCUAACAUUCCCACUGGUAGUACAUCUGCUAGCAGCGUAUUACUUCCAACGUACGGCGGUCUUAUUCCGUCUGAUCUGGGUAACACUUGUCCUGGAAGCGUUCGCGUUCUCAAGGAUCAUAAGCAGGAGGUUUGUGGUUUGAAGUGGUCCCCGGAUAAUCAAUACUUAGCAUCCGGUGGCAACGACAACCGUCUCUUGGUGUGGAGUCAGCAUGUGGCGAGUUUCUCAACUCCUAUCCUCUCCUAUGAAGAGCACGUGGCCGCAGUCAAAGCCAUUUCUUGGUCGCCUCACCAACAUGGUCUCCUGGCCAGCGGUGGAGGCACGGCCGAUCGCUGCAUUCGCUUCUGGAACACUCUCUCCGGCCAAGCUCUGCGCUCUAUCGAGACUGAAAGCCAGGUAUGUAAUCUGGCCUGGUCAGAGCACAACAAUGAAUUGGUAAGCACCCACGGCUACUCCCAGAAUCAGAUCCUCGUGUGGCAAUACCCCUCGUUGCGUCAACUGGCGAAGCUUACAGGCCACUCCUCGCGUGUUCUCUACCUCGCUGUUUCUCCCGAUGGCGAGAACAUCGUCACCGGCGCCGGAGACGAAACAUUGCGUUUCUGGAAUGUUUUCUGCCGUGCUAAAUCGCCCAAGGUAACUUCACGGUAUUUUCCUGUCUUCCUCUUUCCUUGA